AUGAUAAGUAAUUCACCAAUAGCUAGCAAACGAAUCAAACAAUGAUACUCAAACCAAACUGACCGGUAGCUUUAAAACGAAUAAAAAUGUUUUAAAACGUUAAAAUUGACCAAUUUUUAAAAAUCCGACCAGUCCUUACAAAUCAAAUUACCAAAUAAUAAGCAAACUCACCCAAGAAUUGAAUCAAACUGACCCGCAAAAUCAACUGUGUGUUGUUCGAAAUGGGUCAAGCACCGACGUGGCGCAUCUGCUUCAAGGUCGCGACACCGAAACAAACGACAAAAAAGUGCUUGCGGCAAUAUAAGGCACUAUAACUAUUAGACGACAAGAAUUCUAUUAUUUAAGGCAAAAGAUAGUUUGUAUUGAAGAAAAAACCAAUUUUUCAUUUUGCACCAAGAGAGAAACGAAAAAAGGUUUAUCAGUUUUGGCGAUUGUUCGAUAACGAUCAAACUGUCCAUCCACCCUCAUCGAAGGAAGUGAUGUUAUCAUUGCUUUUUGAUGUGACAGAUUUGCUAAUAGAAGUUUUUUAAAAUUUUUAGGUAAAAAUUCGAAAAAAAAAAAUUAAAUGUAACUUUAAGCAAUAAAAAUUACAACUAAAGAUAAACUACAGUUAUCAAACUUUAAAAUUUUUGAACUGGGCCUUAGCUUUAGAUGCGACUUAUGCUCUUAAAACGUUCAAAAACAGUGCGGGAGCUGAAGCCGGAGAUGAAGCAGAACCUAGAGCCGUAGUUAAAGCUAAAGUCAAAGCUGAAGCUAGAGCUCUAACCGAAGCCAGAGCUAAAGCCAGAGCUGAAGCCGGAGCUAGAGCCAAAGCUGUAACCGGAGCUAGAGCCGAAGCUAGAGCCAAAGCUGAGGCUAGAGCUGAAGCCAAGGCUGAGGCCAGAGCUGAAGCCGGAGCUAUAUCCGGAGUUAGAGCCGAAACCGGAGCUAGAGCCGGAACCGGAGGCAAAGCCAGAGUUGAAGACAGAGCUAACGCCAGAGCUGAAGCUAUAGAAGCCGAAUAUACAGCUAGAGUCGUACCAAGGCUAACGCUGUGUCAAAGCAGAAGCCGUGUCGGAGCCGUAGCAAAGCCGUUGUGGCACUGUAGCCGCGUCGGUGUUGUGCUUCAGCCAGAGUGGUGCCGGCUCCAGUAG